AUGGUCAUUAAAAUGUUUUUCUCUGGUAUUUCGGCGUCAAAAGAGGUUAAGAAGCACCAGCUAAGGGCGCAGUUCCUGUUGGACUCGUACAAGAUCAAGUACGAGAUGGUGGACGUCAGCGAUCCAGUUGAGGAACUGUCACGAGAGAAGAUGCUGCGAGAGGCAAAGCGUCGUACUGAGACACAGCCACCUCAACCGCCGCAAUUUUACAAUGAAGACGAGUAUUGCGGGGACUUCGAAGAUCUUGAGACGGCCAACGACAACGACGAGCUGUUUAAGUUUCUGAAACUGGAGGAGGACGUCGCCAUUGAGAACGGCAACGGUGAACAAGGCGAGUAUGACCUCUUUGUUCCACCAGAUCAGCGAGAGCCGCCAAAGGAAGAAGAAAAAGAGGAAGAGAAGAAAAACGAGGAAACGGUAGAAGACGAAGAGGAAGAGGAGAAAAAGGAGGUUGUUGAGCAGGUGACCAUCAACGGGGUGGUCUACACCAUACCGCCCGAUCGAAAAAUCGAGGUGGGCGGGCGGAUCAUCGACGUUGAUGAACUUCUCGCUACCGAAGGCGAAGAGGUCGACCUGGAGGAGGUGGCCGAUGAUCUGAAGGAGCAGAUAAACACCGAUAAAAACGAUGAUAUUAAUGAGGAUCAAGAGGAAAACAAGGAGAACCUGGGAGAUAAUGAUGAGAUUAUGAAUGUUGAAGAGGGGGAAAAAGAGGCGGAAGAGGAAUAA